AUGCAGUCUCACUCUCGUAGCCAUCUUUAUCCAACUUUCAAUCACCUGGCAGCAGGUGGCAAGCUCUCGGUAUCCCUUGACCAAGAUGCCCCUGCUUCUGCAGAACAGCUUCGUCUUUGGUCUUACCAGAAACCCACUUUGACGGCCGGAAGUUAUAUACUCUCGGUCUCGCAAGAAAUCACUCUGCCUAGCGGAGAGUCUACCACUCUCACGACUCCGGAGAAAGGCCUGCGGGUAUCCAAGCCUAAAUUCCGUCUAGCAGAUCCAGCAGAUCUGAAUCGCGUUCAUCCAGCACCUGGGCAUACCGCCUAUUCGCGGACACUGGCCAAUGUUGUUUUUAGUCAUGCCACAACGCCUUGGGAGAAGGAAAUUUCGAUUGAUAAAGUCUCUAGCUUCAACAAACUAUCAUCAAUGGCCGUUCUGACCUUUGCUGAGGAUGAGCUUGUCACAGACCCCAAGAUAUGGAGAGACCUUGGAUUCACUACGAGCUCUGAGAAGCCUAGCGAGUUUGGCUCUAUAGAAACCAAGGCUUCAAGACUCGUUCACCCCGAGUGUACUAUUAAGUCAGCCCUGAACUCGGAAGGGGCAAAUCCGGAUUUCAAUUCCGAUGACGACUUAUCACUUCUACUUCUUGACUCUAAACUAUUCAAGAGUAUAUUCAUGGGGGAAGACAAAACAGCGUGGGAUGGUACCGCCGACUUAUCCAGCUUUUCGUUCAUGGCCUCCACGCAGGAGAACACUAGCGGCUUCACGGCAGCCUUGUUUGCAGAUGACAAUAGUGAUGCUCAUAAGCCACAGUUCUCUGUUAUUGUCAGUCCUCGUACUGGACCACCAGGCAUAACUUCACCGAAGCGAGCCGUCUCACACCUCAUCUCGAUGGAAGACCUUGACAAGAUCAAGCUACCAACCAGCGAUGCCACCAACCAGUAUGUGGGAGUAGUAUCUCUUCAUGCAUGGGAAUGGACCAGCGUCCCAGAGAGCGCUGAGAACUUUGCAAAAAUAAUGAUCAAGCUUGGCGAAAACGUCGCACCCCUUCAGGCUUCCCAGGCUACCGAUAGGUUAGCUGGAGGCCCACCUGAGGCGAUUAAGUGGUCAAAGGCAGUGGCUGGGAGAGGCUACGUUUUGAAGCCGCACACGGAUAUUACUGGAAUCAAGGCAAUGGCUUUGAUAAGAGGUCCAUUGAUCCCCGUCAGGCCUGACGAGAAUCCUCCCAAGGCUUUCUCACUUUACGGUGAGGGCCUCACCGUCAUUGAUAAGACGACGGGUAUCCCAGAUGCUUCUUACAGUUCAGCCUGGACGCUUGGGCGAUCUAUAAUGAUGGCAGAUCGAACACUGAGUGCAAGCUUGCUUCGACUGAGGGGUAAGAUCCAUUCUGAGGCGGUAAGGCGUGCCAAGGCGAAGGCCUUAAACCAAGGGGGCUACUCUGUUCUGAGCAGCAACAAGUCCUAUCUGGAAACCCUAGAGAAUACGGUAAAUGAUCUUCAAAGGGUACAAGACAUCAGCGGUAUCAGCAAGGGAAACCCUGCACGCCGUUGGACACGCACUGGAUCGGAUAUCGCGAAUCUUCCCAUCAUGCGUCUCUCCAAAGACACGUCUUAUACUCACAAAGACUACGAUGACGAGGUUCAACAGGUAGCUCUUCACAUGUUUGGCUACGAAUCACAUAGACCAGACGGAACCCCUAUACCAGCACGGGAUGUUGAUGCAGAUGCAGCCGCUAUCCGCGCUUGGGUUAUUGAUCGCUUCCACCUGGCCGGUAUUCCGCUACAUAACCUCGUUCUAGACUCCGAAAUGCUUCCCGGUGAGACAAUCCGCACGUUCUGCAUAGACAAUCACUGGAUCGACUGCUUUGUGGAUGGCGGACUAAGCCUCGCGAACCACUUUGCGCGUGACGACGAUGCAAUUCGACGGGCUGUCAAACAAUGCAUCAACAAAUAUCUCGAUAUACCUCUCAAUGGUGGAACUGUACCCCAACUACCUCGCUGGGGCUUCUUCAUUCGAAGUAUUGCCGUCAGUGCAUUUCCUGACCUCAAGGUUGAAGCCCCUCUCCCUCCUGGCGCGCCAGGAGACGCUUUGGAGGUUGUCUAUAUGCAAGUCCUGGCUGACGAUAUUCUUAUCUGCCUUCUCGACCGCCUUCCGGGUGAGCAGGAGCUCGACUAUAUCCGCAUCAGCCAACCCCACCACCAGCAAGACUUCUCUUUAGGGACGAACCUUUCUGGUAGUAAAAUCACGCUGUUCCAUCGUCCAAUACCCAAACAGACCGGAAAGAACGUCGGUGACCCUAUUGGCCAAACUUUCGAAAAUGACAAGUCACGCCAUGUUUACGACUUUGACACACAAAUGCUCCGACCCAGCUUCUAUAUGGAUCAGUAUAAUGAGGCUUUCAGUGGAAAUGAUGAGAUUUUCACAGAUAAGAGAAAUCCUUCGUCGUUGCUUGCUACUCAGCUCAGGGCUACCAAUCUACGCCUGCAGCUGAAGGUUACGAACGAUCUUCGGGGAGACGAGCCUCCUUCCGUUUCAGAGCGAUGGACCAAGGCGGCGUUCAAGCUCUCAGUUGGUUCGAGACCAGAAUCAGGGUCGGAGCCUGAGACAACUGAGAAACAGGCCGCUGACAGUAGAGCCCCUCCAAGUAACGACAUGGUCUUGCCAACUGGACCACGGCUACCGAUCGGUGCCUCUAUUUCUCCUUAUGUAAUGGAGCCCAGGAGCGGAAAGGAGCAUACAUCUCAAGACACCCAGCCCGACCCUAGCACUAUGAUUCCUUAUGGAGAAGUUCUACAGCACGUCAGCUGCUGCCUGUGUUACGACCCAGGAAAUGCUACCAACUUGAUCUACGCGACAGAGAUGCCGACCGAUCUCAUAUUUAAUCUGAGUGCCAGAGAGGAAAGCGGUUAUCCGGCCGAACUCGAACUUAGCAUCCCUGUUGCUCUCAGCUCUGGCACUUAUCCAGAUCCGGUGAAAGACGGCUCCAGGGGUGUCAUGGGUGACAUCGUGGACUUGGAAGAAGAGAAGCAAGUCAUGUUCAUCAUCAAAAUUACUCCACGAUUUAGCAGACUGCUCCCGGUAAACAUGGUAGCUUUCAAGACGUCAUUCAUCCUUCGAGGCGUGAGACUACUUCUCCCUCAGUCCGACCCACCUGGAGCACUAUCGAGACAUGUCCGGUUCGAUGCAACAUGGCGGUCCAGUAGCCUGGACGGGGAGACAAGUGUAAGCACCACGCGGCUGACGAUCCAACCUGCAGUCGUCGCCACUCUCAAAGAGGAGUCAGUCCAGUAUAUCCUGCAGAAGCAAGAUCUCUCCUUUGCCUUUGUGCUUUCCCAAAUGCCCCCGAGUAGUGAGCCCUUUGAUGAGUCUUUCGACCUAUGGGCCAGCCCGCAGCCUAUGUCCAAUGGGCAAGGAUUUCUGUACACUGGCAGCAAGAACAUCCCACUGGACCUGUUCAAAGUCUUCUUACCUCUUGAGAUGAGACUCAGGAUAGUUGAAAAGGAUGGUGGGCAUGCUCUCGGACCAGACACAGCCCCCUUUGUCUUUCCGAGGUUGCCCAACAUUGAUAGACUCAAGGGAUCCUCUUCCUUCUACUGGGGCACCCAACACCUAUCAAUCAUCUGGCCGCCUCUUAAGGGACUUGAAAUUUCCCUGAAACGGAAUUUUUCUCUCAAGAUCCGAAAGCCUCAGUGGCCAGACCGUGAGCCCAUUGACGUCAGUGUGGAGGACGGCAACGAGAUUGUCCGUUUCAUGCUGUCUGAUCUUGAAUCCCGUAUCAACGGCAGCAAGGAAUUUGGUCUUCUCAUCGAUGGAAGUGUUGUGGUGGAACACCCCCGGAUUCGUGGUACUCUGGUAAACUGGUCCGUUGUACUCAGCGGGAGACCGAAGAUAGAAGCAAACGCCAAUCCCUUCUUCGACAAACCAAGAGACUUUGACCCGACUGCCCCGAUGUCCAACAGCCAGUUGGCUAGCAUCAGGUCCAGCCGCGGAAGUCACGUUCAAACCGACUUAUUUUACUGGAGUAGUAGCGGGCGGUCGCUUGGAGCCCUCACAUGUCGGUCGCCGUAUGUCGUAAAUCGAUAUCCUGGCCCUGAAAUAGACGACUCCCAACCUCAGCUCAUGGGCGCCGGCGCUCUGACUGUACUUCUGAUUAACGACGACAUAAAUUCAAGAAAGACUAUGUUUAAAAUCGUGUGGGUUGGCAACGAUGGAAGCGUCAAUGUCUGGUCGCGACACCACGAAGUGGAACAAGAGAAAUGGCAUAGUGACAUCCUAGCACCGCCAGGCACUGCAUCAACACUUGGAGGCGGCUUAAUAGUUUCUUGUGGAGAGAGGCCUUGGUUAGGCCCUCGAGGAGAGGUCUUUGGGCGGAGACUACUGGCUGGCUCAGAGAGAUGGAUCGACGUGGAGCCUCAGUCCUCAUUACCAGCUGGAAGCAUCGACGUCACAUCACCAAAUCUGAAGCGACCCGCUCAGAUGGCAACUACAUGGGCUUAUGACUCGCAAUAUGGCAAAGCAGUAUACCUCUUCUGGAUUCGUGCGAAUGGGGACCUCAUGGUGACCUGUUCUGACAAAUCUGGCAAGUCUCGGUCAAAGCUCAGCGGAACAGCCAUUGCAUAUCGUGAUGUCGACGCAGCUCCUGGCACGUCUUUGACCGUUUCUAUCGGACACAGUCGGACCAGUCCCUCUUCCAACAAUAACGUCUAUGUACUCUGGAUUUCUACUGAUGGAGCUCUUUGUCUCGGAUCUCGCAUCGAUCUUGUCGAGACUACAAACUCACCCGAAGGCUGGGAUACCAUUAUUAGGAUUUCGUCUCCAGGCACUGCGAAUCCGCUCUCUGAUAUAUGCUAUAUAGGCAACGUCAGACUGAAAACAGCUUCAGUAGUGUGGGCAGAUCCUGAUGGUAAGCUUCAAAUUGCCUGGGCUGAGUCAUUAGCCCUUCGACCGAGUUGGAGCCGUGAGGAAUCUAUCUACUCUUUACAGAACGAGUGGGCGGCUUGGGGAUGGCAGGAGCUUAAUAAAUGGAUUCCUAUCGGUGAGAAGCCGAUAAUUGGGAGAGUCGAGCCGGAUGAUUAUAUUACCCCUCACUUUGUUUACUUUCACAUUGGGGGAGGAAAAUGGUACAACUACGAGGUUAAUUUUGAACCGGUAUUGGCAUUUCGCAAUUACGACUAG